AUGUCGAGUUCCACGCGGCUGGUUACGGUCAGUGUGCUACUGGCGUGCGUCGCGGUCACGGCCGCCAUCAAAUGUUGGCAGUGCGGGCAGUACAGUGAUGGUGUGGGGUCAAUCACACCAUGCAAUAACCGAAGUGCUGCACGACUAAACCAGUGUCCGCCAGAUGCUAAAUAUUGUAUCGUAAGUAGUAUAACAUGUACAUUUCCCUUUAAUUUUUCUUCUACUCUAAGAUUGUUUGAAGCCAUUGAGAGAGAGAGAGAGAGAGAGAGAGAGAGUUACUGGCAAGGCCAUAAGCGUGAAGAAAAAGAGACGGUAAGAGAGAGAGCGAAAGAGAGAGAGAGAGAGAGAUAUUAUGUAGGUGAAAUUUGUGAAAAAGUGGCGCUAAUCGUUUGCCAAAAGAUGCACAUAAGUCGCAAAAGUCACGUACAGACAGACGCACUUGACCGAAGUAAGAAUAAAUCUUUAUUA